UACAGUGACCAGUUCGACACAUUUUCCAAAAUGGCUACCCCUGGUGGAUUGAUGAACAAGAAGAAGAAAGAUUUCCUCGGUGUUGCCGCUCCUCUUGGUUACGUCCCCGGCUUGGGGCGAGGGGCCACUGGCUUCACCACCCGAUCUGAUAUUGGACCUGCUAGAGAAGCAAAUGACAUCAGCGAUGACAGACAUCCAGCUCCAAAAAAGAAGAAGAAAGAUGACGAUGAUGAGGAAGAAGAUCUGAAUGAUAAUAACUACGAUGAGUUUGCCGGCUAUGGAGGGAGUUUGUUCAACACAGGACCCUAUGAAAAGGACGACGAGGAGGCGGAUGCAAUAUAUGAAGCCAUCGAUAAACGCAUGGAUGAAAAACGCAAGGAGAGAAGGGAAAAGCGUUUCCGAGAAGAGAUUGAAAAGUACCGUCAAGAGAGGCCUAAGAUUCAACAACAGUUUUCUGACUUAAAGCGAGAAUUGUCAGUAGUGAGUGCAGAUGAGUGGCUGAACAUCCCUGAGGUAGGAGACUCAAGGAACAAACACCAGAGAAACCCACGAGCUGACAAGAUCACCCCCAUGCCAGACACCUUCCUGCAGAAGCAUGCCAUGAGCAACGAGACCAUGAACACGCUGGAUGCCCGGCAGCAGGCCCUGGGAGGGCUAGCCACCCCGUUCCCCGGGACCAUGACUCCAGGAAUGAUGACCCCGACGGGAGAGUACGACUUGAGGAAGAUCGGAGAAGCCAGGAACACACUCAUGGAUGUCAAACUCAACCAAGUAUCUGACUCGGUCAGUGGUCAAACGGUCGUUGACCCCAAAGGUUACCUGACUGAUCUCCAGAGCAUGCUCCCAUCCUACGCUGGCGAUGUUGCGGAUGUCAAGAAAGCCAGACUCCUGCUGAAAUCAGUGCGGGAGACGAACCCCAACCAUCCCCCAGCUUGGAUUGCCUCCGCUCGUCUGGAGGAGGUGACAGGCAAGUUACAGGCAGCUAGGAACAUCAUCAUGAGAGGCUCUGAGGUGUGUCCUCGUAGUGAGGAUGUAUGGCUGGAAGCUGCUAGACUACAGCCUGGGGAUACCGCCAAAGCUGUGAUUGCCCAGGCCGUCAGGCACCUACCCAACUCAGUCAAGAUCUGGAUCAGAGCAGCAGACCUGGAGUCUGAGACCAGGGCCAAGAGAAAGGUCUACCGAAAAGCUUUAGAGCACAUUCCCAAUUCUGUCAAGCUGUGGAAGUCAGCCAUUGAGCUGGAAGGACCAGAAGAUGCCAGGAUCCUACUGAGUAGAGCUGUGGAGUGUUGCCCCUCGAGUGUGGAGCUGUGGUUGGCCCUUGCCAAACUUGAGAACUACGACAAUGCCCGCAAGGUGCUAAACAAGGCCAGAGAGAACAUCCCGACGGAUCGAAAGAUCUGGAUCACGGCUGCCAAGUUAGAAGAGGCAGAAGGCAACCAUGCUAAUGUCGAUAAAAUCAUUGACAGAGCUCUGACAUCCCUUCGAGCCAACAUGGUAGAGAUCAACCGAGAGCAGUGGAUCAAGGAUGCAGAGGAAUGUGAACAAGCCGGCAGCAUUGUCACCUGCCAGUCUAUCGUACGUGCCGUGAUUGGCGUUGGGAUUGAAGAUGAAGAUCGGGAGACAACUUGGAUGGAUGAUGCAGACAGUUGCGCUGCUCACCACGCCUAUGAGUGUAGUCGUGCCAUCUAUGCUCACUCCCUGACGGUCUUUCCAAGUCGCAAGAAAAUCUGGCUGGAGGCAGCGUACUUCGAGAAGAACCACGGAUCUAGGGAAUCCCUAGAGAGUCUCCUUCAGAAAGCCGUGGGUCACUGCCCCAAGGCUGAGGUCCUCUGGUUGAUGGGAGCAAAAUCCAAGUGGCUGUCUGGCGAUGUACCUGCUGCUCGUAGCAUCCUGGCUUUGGCCUUCCAAGCCAACCCCAACAGCGAAGAGAUCUGGCUGGCGGCCGUCAAGCUAGAGAGCGAGAACAACGAAGAUGAGAGAGCACGUCGCCUGCUGGCCAGGGCCAGGAACAGUGCCCCCACAGCCAGGGUCUGGAUGAAAUCAGUCAAGCUAGAAUGGCAACUGGAAUCCAUUGACAGAGCCAGACAGCUGCUGGACGAAGGAGUGAAGCACUAUGCUGACUUUGCCAAAUUAUGGAUGAUGCGUGGUCAGAUUGCAGAGCAACUUGGAGACAGAGAAGAAGCCAGAAAGACAUACCAGCAAGGAAGGAAGAAGUGUCCCCAUUCUGUGCCUCUGUGGCUGCUGUCCUCCAGGCUGGAAGAGAAGGUGGGUAACCUGACCAAGGCCAGAGCCAUCCUGGAGAAAGCACGGCUCAGCUGCCUGCACUGCCCAGACCUGUGGCUGGAAGCCAUCAGGGUCGAGUCCAGGGCCAGCAACAAGGACAUGGCCCUGUCUACCCUGGCACGGGCCAUGCAGGACUGCCCAGCCUCGGGCAUCCUGUGGGCCGAAGCCAUCUUCCUGGAAGCCAGACCACAACGCAAGACUAAGAGCGUGGACGCGCUGAAGAGAUGCGAACAUGACCCACACGUCCUGCUGGCAGUGUCCAAGCUGUUUUGGAGCGAGCGUAAGAUUGGCAAGGCCAGGGAGUGGUUCAACAAGACGGUGAAGAUUGAGCCUGACCUUGGUGACGCCUGGGCCCACUUUUUUAGGUUUGAGAUACAACAUGGCAAUGAGGAGCAGCAAGAAUUGGUUCGGAAGCGCUGCGUGGAGGCGGAGCCUCGGCACGGCGAGCUGUGGUGCAGCGUCUCCAAGAACAUCAAGAACUGGAGGUGUAAAACCAACGAGAUUCUCCCCAUGGUGGCAAACGCAAUCAGCAUUGUCUUCUAGACAGGUAUUCACUGGACAUAAGCACGAUUUCCGAAAGUGUGCUUAAAAUAACAUUGUGGGAUUGGAGUUAUAUUCAGGGUCGACACUCAUGCCAUUUCUAAGCACACUGUCUGUGAUUGGUCAUUCUAUAAAUUUGGUGUCCACUUUUUUUCUUCCAUCUUUAUUACAUUACAAGUAAUUUAGGAAAUCCUUAAUAUAUGGAAAUUCCUUGUUGCUUUCAUAAAGAGCGAUGGUGCAGAUGUAAAGUGAAAUACCAACCCAACGAGCCAAUGUUAAUUUGCAUUCAUUUGCGGCAAUAUAUUGACUGCCAAAAUUGUAGGAAUUUUUAAGUGCACAGCACUGCCCCUUCUAUGAAAUCUAAAUUAGGAAGUGAAGCUUGCAUCGGAUUAUAUUAUAGUUAUUUGUAUACUUACUAUGUUUUGUUCCAGAAAUCCAGAAAGAGUUCAUCGUAGCUUUAGACGUUUUGCAUGACUGUAUGCAUGCACCCUGUCUCAGUUACAUUGGUUAUUGUAACGACCGCCUUAAAUUUAACAGAUUAAAAUAAGUGUGCAUAUACAUGUACUUGCAGUACGUGAUUAUAGAAAAAUUAGAACAUAGUACAUGCACAGUUACACUAACUUCAAGCGAUUCAUUUAAGAAUUGUUGACUGCUGUGGCGUGGGAUAUGAGGGUGCCAUGCAUGCCCGACGGUGUUCAAGACGUCAUAUCCCACACUGCAGCGGUCAACAAUUGUUUUGUCAUACCUCUGUCUUAAGGAAUUUGUCCAAAGAAACAAGCUCUGUAUUUCAGAAGACGAUGGGCUUAGUGUAAAACUGUACAAUUAACGUAACAGAUGUAAAUGAUAACGUUUGCAAAUGCACUGUCCCCUCACUUUUGGUGAUUGUGUAAACUCUUAUAUGAAACUAAUGUGGGUACCAGUGAGUACAUUUAUAUAGUCUGGUUAGCGGUCCCUUCAUUACUCUAUACGCUGCAGGGACGGGAACGAGUCUGUUAUACGAGUACAAUCAUCAACCGAAUUCCCUGGUAGCCUUUGCAUAAAACGCAUUAUAGGUACCACGCAAAACUAACUAAUGAACCGCAAAUGUUUGUUCUCGAACUUCCCGAAGCUCUUCUAUUUCGCACAUGUACACGUGUGCGUGCACGCACCAUUGGUAGAAUGAAAUGUCUCAUGGUGAGUGUGAUAUGCAGAUACGUUGCCCUGUCAUGUGAUCGUUCUUGGCCAAUAAACGGACAGUAUCCAAGCAAGAGGUAUGACAAAAAACACUAUCCCCCUGUCGUACCCUGAAUUUAUAGAAUCACUCUUUUAAACCAGUAAAUUAUCUUGAGAAAGCUGCAUGUCUCCAACAGUCACCCCAUCCAUCUGGCUACCCCCCCCAUAUUUCCACAGCAGCAUUUGCUUUCACAUUGAACCGGAAUACGGAAUACAGAAAUAAUGAUGUUCCACUGAGAAAAGUGAAGUUCUCUUUGUCAAUUGGAAGGAUAAUUCUUUUUAAUUACUUCCUUUUUACAUAGACUAAAUCUAGUCCUCUGUUGUAGACAUUUGCAGAAGAAAAGCAUGUUCAUCAAGAAGCCUUUACACGCACAGGUGACAAGAACACAAAGCCCUAGACUGGUUACUCUGAACAUUCAAUUACCGUAGACAGUCUUCUUAAGAUCGAGCCAUCUUUACACAACAUACUGUGUACAGCCACUUUGUUUAUAUAAUAGCAUUUAUGUAUUUUUUUUUCACUUUUGUGACAACCUUGUGACCAUAAUUUAGGAGGACAACUACUGUGGUUACAAAAGCGAUAUUACAUUUUUAGGAUAACAGCAUCGUGGUAUUGUAUUGUAAUUAGUAUAGGUAGACGUGCUCGGUAAAAAAGUACAAAUUUCACUCUCACAUGGGUAAUGAUAUCUACAGUCACCUUUGUAUCUUGAGAGGAGGCCACAGCUAUCUGAAGCCUUGUAAAGUGUCCUGCUCUGUGGAAAUAGUUCAAACAUUUCAAAUCAACUUUUUGUGUGUUAAACAUCUGUAAUUACAUUUGGAUGCAAGAAUAAACACUUGGCAUCACCUCACAUAAUGAU